AAAAAAAAAAACCUGUUUGUGUCAGUGCGUCAUAUGUCAUUUUUUUAAAAAAAAAAAAAAACGUCAUCAUCGUUUAUAAUAAUCAAAAAUUAUUCAUUAUUUUAAUGUUUUCCCUCAUUUACUAGUAAUAAAAUAUAUAUCCUCUCUGCUUAAUAAAAUUUAAUCAGUGUAAUCAGUGAAAUUUUAUAUCGUAAAUUCUUAACCUCUCUCUCUCUUUCUAAUGUUCCGAAUUUGUUAAAUGCAUAUUAUAUUUAUAAACAAAAAAAAAGUCACGUGUUUUGUGCCAAAUUAUCUCCAAAAACAAGUUUCAACAAUAUUUCUUCAAUCUACAAUAAAGGAAAAAUGAAUUCGACACCAAUUAUGGUUCCUGGUGGUGAUCGUCGAUCUCAUUCGGAUUUACAUUCAUCAUCUUCUGUUGGAACAUCCACGGAAGCAUUUAAAACAAUAACCCCACCGAAUGUUACACGAUCACUAAGCAGUGCACCAGCAGAUGAUCGACACUUUAGAAGAAGUAGCGUUCAAGUUCAUCCCACGUCGUUAUCAAAACUUCCAUCAUCCGAAUCACUUGCCGCAACAAUGCAUGUCACAGAAGGUCCACCUUUAUCUCCAGGACUCUCCGCCACUGGGGAAAGUAUAAAAACUGAUAACACGUCCGAGAAGUCGGGCGAGACAUGUAAAUUAACGAGAAAAGAAUCUUACAAGGCGCAGAGGAAAAAUUAUCGAAUAGAAAAGAAACGAGUGGCAAAUGAACUUUUAAGUUCAUUAAAAGAUCCAACAGUUGUUGUUAUGAGCGAUUGGUUAAAAAUUCGAGGAACAUUAAAAAGUUGGACAAAAUUGUGGUGUAUUCUUAAACCUGGAUUGUUACUUCUAUACAAGAGUCCAAAAGUAAAAAGUAGUCAUUGGGUUGGAACGAUAUUGUUGAAUACGUGUCAAGUGAUAGAACGACCCAGUAAGAAGGAUGGAUUUUGUUUUAAAUUAUUUCAUCCAUUGGAACAAUCGAUUUGGACACCACGAGGACCUCAGAAUGAAGCCAUCGGCGCUGUUGUGCAACCUUUGCCAACUUCGUAUUUAAUAUUCAGAGCUCCAUCGCAAGCUGCCGGUAAAUGCUGGCUUGACGCUCUUGAAUUGUCACUUCGUUGUUCAUCUUUGAUUGUGCGAUCAACGAGUGCAAUUCCACGUUCGCCUCAACAUGAUUCGACAACCACCCACGAGACCCAAUGGAGUGAAGCGGAUUACGAGAAACAUUUCAAUGAGCACGAGUACGCGACCCGUCAAGUAGUAACGCUAGAUCCUGUAUACACCUCGCACACAGACCUGGACGAUAUCAGCCAACCGGAAAAUGGUGUUGUUGCCGAUGUUGAAAUUAGUGCAACUGAAAGUGAAUCCGAUGCAUCUGGCAAAGAUGAAGAGGAACAACAAAUUAAUGAAACGCCCUAUGUUUCUAAUGAAAAUGAAGUUCUUGGAUCUGCUGGAGAAGUUGUUGCCGAAUUGCAAGAUGAACAAAAAUCUCUAAUUUGGUUUUUAAUGAAACAAGUACGACCUGGAAUGGAUUUGUCAAAAGUUGUUCUUCCAACAUUUAUUCUUGAACCACGUUCAUUUUUGGAAAAACUCGCGGAUUCUUAUUAUCAUGCCGAUAUUUUAUCGCAAGCUGUUCUCGAAGACGACGCUUUUACUCGUAUGAAAUUAGUAGUCAAAUGGUAUUUGUCUGGUUUUUAUAAAAAACCACAAGGUUUAAAGAAACCAUAUAAUCCACUUCUUGGCGAAACAUUUCGCUGCUAUUGGCAACAUCCAAAUGGCUCUCGUACUUUUUAUUUAGCCGAACAGUUAUCACAUCAUCCUCCAAUUUCUGGUUUUUACGUGACUAACCGACAAGAUGGAUUUACAAUCAGCGCAUCAAUUAUAGCAAAAUCGAAAUUUUACGGAAAUUCAACGUCGGCUGUACUGGAUGGAACAGCAAUUUUAACAAUGUUACCGCGAGGUGAAGAUUAUACAAUGACAAUUCCUUAUGCACAUUGUAAAGGAAUUCUUAUGGGUACAUUGUCAAUGGAACUCGGUGGGAAAAUUAAUAUUGUUUGUGAAAAAACUGGCUAUCACACGGAAUUGGAAUUUAAAUUAAAGCCAUUUUUGGGAGGUGCCGAUCAAUUGAAUCAAGUUGUUGGAAGAAUACGACUUGGCAAGGAGACUCUUGCCAAUUUUUCCGGUUAUUGGGACGGACAAAUCACAAUCACCGAUAAAAGAUCGGGGCAAGAGAGUUCAUUUUUCAAUCCAACGCCAGAAGUUCGAUGGAAUCGAUUAAAGAAAUUUACGGUUCCUUUGGAAAAUCAAGGUCAAUGGGAAAGUGAAAAAUUAUGGUUAGCCGUUACGCACGCUAUCAAUAAUGAUGAUCAAGUGGCAGCGACGGAAGCUAAAACACAGCUGGAGGAAGCCCAAAGAGAACGCGCGAAAGAAAGAAAAGCAAAAUGCGAAGAUUGGAUUCCCAAAUAUUUUGUGCAGGAUAUAAUUACGGGACAUUGGGUUUAUCGUAAUGCCGACACUCGUCCUUGGGAUCCUAGAAAUGAUGUAGUGCAAUAUGAACAGGAUUAUAUAAUUCGCACAAAAACUAGACACAAGACACCAAUUAUGCGUACCGGUAGCAUUGUCUCGAUUGAUCCACAAACACAGAUGCCUUUGCUUCAGGCCGAAUCUCGUUCAUCUCUCUCCGUCCUGAAAUCGUCGAAACGUCAGCUCUCUAGCAAUAUUCCUAUCACGGAAACGGUACAUGAUUCUGGAAGUUCGUCGGCGGAAGUUCAUUCCGAUUCAAGUCAAUCUGUGGGAAAACGAAGACGAUCUGCAAUUAGACUCGCGGGCAUGGUGAAGGGAAUGGAGGAUCGAUUAACGGAGCACAGUGAGAAACUAAACCAAAUUCAACGAUUAAUCGAACAGAUUGCAAUAAGACAAAGGGGAUUAAGAGACAACCAGAAUAAUGUUAAUAUGUUGAAAAAUUUUAUAGAUACAUUUAUUGUUAUUGUCGUCGUCUUCUUUGUACAAUAUAUUAUAAAGGUCUGGAAUGGAUCUGCUGAAACCAAAGGAAUGUGAUCUGCUUAAAAAAAAUAGUGAAACUCGUAUAUAAAAAUAAAUAUAGGUAAAAAAAUAAAUUCUAAAAAUUCUGAUUACUCAGAAUUUGUGUCAACCAUCGAAAAAAAAAAAUUAGAUUUUUUGAUGAAAAAUCGUAAAAGAAAAAAAAAACAUUUGCUUGCCGUACCAGAUAGUCAAAAAACAAAAAAUUAAUAAUUAAGUGCAGAAGUGACAA